AUGAAUGAGAGAGCUUCUCUGGGGAACAUUGAUGGGGGCAUUCAAGUCGGAAAAUCGGCUCCAAUGGGCGGGCUCCCACGGAGAAAGGAGCCAAUCAGCGCCACUGGCUCCGCACUAGCGCGAAUGCUGCGUCUUCAACACUCCCUCCGAACGUUUUACAGAGAAAUGGGAAAGCCAAAAGUGUGUUUCGUUCUGGGCGGCCCAGGCGCGGGCAAAGGUACCGCCUGUGAGUUCCUCGUCAAGAAGCAUGGCCUUGCUCACCUCUCCGCCGGCGACCUCCUUCGCGAAGAAAGAAAACGAGCCGGCUCCACUUAUGGAGAACUUAUCGAAAGCUGCAUUGUUCAGGGAACGAUUGUGCCUGUAGAAAUCACAUGCAAAUUGCUCGAAAAUGCGAUGAACAAAAUCAUGACCGAGAGCAACGGCGAACAGGACAAAUUCCUGAUCGACGGAUUCCCAAGAAAUUUGGACAAUCUGGAAGGAUGGACAAAGCAAAUGGAUGGAAAAACCGAUGAUAGAAUAGUUUUGUAUCUGAACUGCCCCCUGGAAGUCUGUGAAGCGAGAAUAAUGGAAAGGGCAAAAACCUCCGGCAGAUCGGAUGACAACAUAGAGGCCCUAAGAAAAAGGUUUAAGACAUAUGAAGAAUCAACCAAAGGAAUAAUUGAACAUUAUCGUGGCAUAGGAAAAGUCAGAGAAGUUGACUCAAGUCAAUCGAAAGAAGCUGUUGGAGACGCCGUCUCAAAAUUGUGGAGCAGGACUUUAGCGAUGUCCAGCAGCCAUCUGUUUCUGUUGACACACUAUGGACCCGUCCUUACUCACAGGACACAACCUGGUGACCUCUUUAUGCUCAUACCCCUCGCAUUACACUUAGAUAAUUUCCAAUUCUCCUAUUUUCUGUGCUUCUUCCAGGUUGAUGUUUCCGUUAUCAUAAAGUGGAGGAAAGUCCUGACGAUCAAAAGAAGCAGAAAUGCAUGGAAAGUUUGCCUCAAGUCUGGAUAG